AUGGCUUCGCUGUCCAUGACUCACACGCGCGCGGCUGGCCAGGCAGCAUCGUUCAAUUUCCUUCUGAACUCGUCAGGGCAGGCAACACCAGUCACCGUGUCCGCGUCGGUGGUUCCACGCGUGACCAGCAGCCAUGCGUCGUCGUCAUCGUCGCAGCCGUCUCGCUCGUCUCCCCCAAGCACGCCCUUCGUUCCGAAUUCGAGUUCUCCUCGCGCUCCUCUGGCACCGUCCCUCAAGGCUACCGUGACUGAUUGUCCGCCGACCGAUACCAAGUCGACGAGCAUCACCCGCCAAGGAGACAGGGCUAAUGGUUCACCUACGGAUAAUUCGUCUUCCUCAGCUAAUCUUCAAACUGAUCCUCUGCCGGCCCUAUCUCUGGCGACAGCGGCACCCAUUCUGAAGUACUCCCCUGAAGGCAAGCUGGUGGUGGGCGUGGGAACCAUGUCGGAGGCCGAUUGGGCUGCCGCCUUCGGCAUCAACUCGGGCCAUUUGAUUCCCGUUACCGGCCCUCGCUCCGCGCAGCUGCUGCUUCCGUCGCCUGCGUCCAUUUCUCGUCCCGCGCUGCCUCCCACUGUGUCGAGCUCGCAGGAGCCGGCUUCACGCUUCGCCGCUAUUGGGGGUCAGGCGGAGUUGAAUGGCUCGAUGGUCGCGCCUCCUCAAAACCAGGACUUGGACAGGGACGGUGCUGCGGCGGUGAUGGAAGAGGAUGUGUGGCUGCAGAUUCGUGCCGAGGCACGUGCAGCUGCGGAGGAAGAGCCAGCUCUAGCGAGCUACCUUUACUCCACCGUCCUCACUCACAGGUCGCUGGAACCAGCGCUUGCUGCGCAUAUUGCCAACAAGCUCUCGUCGCCAACCUUGCUCGCGUCGCACCUGUUCGAGCUCUUCAGAGAGAUCUUUCUUGACGACCGCAGCAUUCAGGCCGCCAUCCGCGCUGAUCUGAUGGCGGUGCGGCAGAAGGAUCCAGCAUGCGACGGUUUUCUCCUCUGCUUCUUGAAUUACAAGGGAUUUGCUGCUCUGCAGGCUUACCGCGCGGCGCACAGGUUGUGGCAGCAGGGUCGAUACAGUAUGGCAAUGGCGCUUCAGAACCGCAUGUCGGAGGUCUUUCAGGUGGAUAUCCACCCCGCCGCGCAAAUUGGCAAAGGGGUAAUGCUGGAUCACGCAACGGGAGUGGUGAUUGGCGAGACCGCUGUUGUCGGAGACGAAGUGUCCAUGCUGCACAAUGUCUCGCUUGGCGGUACUGGCGCCAUUGCUGGUAUUCGCCACCCACGCGUGGGUAGGGGCUCUGUGAUUGGUGCAGGAGCCCGGAUUUUAGGUCCUGUGACUCUUGGAGAACGGGUGAAGGUGGGAGCGGGUAGCCUGGUGUUGACAGAUGUGGAGGCAGAAGCCACUGUGGUGGGCAACCCUGCCAAGAUAGCCAAAGCCAUUGAUGCGCCGCGAAAGACAGAAGUGAUUAGGCUGAAGGCGAACCAGUGGGUGUACGACGUGUGCGUGGAGCGGCGCUGCACGGUGGCGGACAUCCGCGCGCUCAACCCCACCGUCGACAUCGACCGCGUCCUCGCCGGCCAGCGCCUCGUCGUCCCGCGCCGCCCCUCGCCCUUCGACCCCAUCGAGCGCGAACUCACCCGCGCCGCACAGCAGCUCUCCACCACCUUCGCCGCCGGCCCAACCGGCGGCGCCGCGCGCACGCAAGCAACCACCGCCCCCGCCAGUGCUGACUCCUCCCCCGCUCCCUCCGCGAAAAAGCCUGCCGGAACGACCGCCCCGCCUGCUCCGACCGCUCCUCCCCCCGGUCCUUCCCCCUCCCUCCCUUCCGCAGCAGGCCCGUCCCCCUCCGCCGCGCCCACGAAACCGGCGGCGCGCCCGUCCAGCGGGUCGUGGCUGGACUCGCUGUUGGGGGGCCCUGCGGGGGGCGGGCGGCCCGACGAGGUGGAGGAGUACGUGCUGAAGCGCAAGGAGUGGGUGUGUGACGUGGCGAGCCGCCUUGACGUGGACAUCGAGUAUCUGCGGCGCCUCAACCCCGGCGUCAAUCUCGACAACGUGCGCCCCAAGCAGCGCAUCAACGUUCCCAAGAGCCGCGCCGCGCGCCUCCGUCAGCAGCCGUCGGCGGCACGCGGGGCUGACGUGGCAGGGGCGGGGUCGAAAAGGGGAAAGGAGGAGGAAGAGAAGAAGGGGAAGGAGGGAGGCGGGGUGGCGAUAGGGGAUGCAGCCCCUGUGUGCGCGCCUCCGCCCAUCUGCAAGCCGCCCGCCUCGGCGGGGCGGGAGGGGGCCAGUGCGGGCAGUCAAGCGGGCGGCGACGUGUGCGCCGUGCAGGAGGCCAAGGGCGCAGGUGCCGCGCGCGAGGCCAAGGGGGGUCCGGCGCAGGGUGUUGCGGCGGCGGGCGCGGUGGUGGGCGGAGCUGGCGGAAGCAGAGGGGCGCCGGCAGCGGAGGCAUCUUUCUUUGAUGCAAUAAUUCGGGGGAUGAGCGGGGACGGCAAGCAGAAAGAUAGCGCGGGGGGGACGCUGGAGAAGCCACAGCAGAAGGUGGCAGAAGCUGCAGCGCCCGUGAAGCAGCAAAAGCAUCAACAGCAGGCGCCACCGCAGCAACAGCAGGCGCAGGGGCAGCAAGGUGCGAACCAGAGAUGGCGGGUGCACCGGGUACGGCGAGGCGAGUGGAUAUCCUCGUUAGCAGCGGAUUACGGGCUUACAGUGGAGCAGCUACAGGACAUGAACCCCGGCGUCGACCUCGCCAAAGUGAAGCCCGCGGACGAGAUCCGCCUCCCCGCGGGAAGAAGGCGCGCAACGGGCGCGGCGCUCCCCCUGGAGGCCGCGGACGUGGAAGCCAUGGGGGGCGCGCUCGUGGUGGCGGCUGGCGGGGCGGACAAGGGCGGCGGAGGCGGAGCAGCAGGGGCGGGUGGGAGCGCGGGGCCGCAGGGUUCCGCGGCCGGGGCAGCGGGGGCGCAUCUGGCGGGCGCGCGCGUGGGGAUGGUGAUGCCGGGGGACAGCCUGGCGGAUAUUGCGGAGCGGUACGGCGUGGCGUGGCAGGAGCUGGCGGAGCGCAACGGCGUGCGCGAGGGCGAGGAGGGCGGGGGGCUGCAGGUGGGGCAGAUACUCAUCAUCCCCGAGAAGAAGCCGCACCAGGUCGCCUCCAUCGGGGGCGUGGGGCACUGGCUCGGCUGGCAGAGCGCGGGGGGGAGAGGCGCGGCGGCGGCGGGCGGGGGCGCGAUUCUGGCGCAGGCGCCAGCGGGGGUGUCAGUGUCGCUGUCCAUUGCGCUGGUCGUCGCGUCGUCCCUCGCGGCCGCCGCCAUCAUGCGCCUCAACGCGCCGCUGCUCUCCGCGUCUGGCGCGGGAGGGCUCGUUUCCAGCCUGCAAGCGCUGCCGUCGCGACUGCCAGAGCCCAUCGCGAGUGCGUGGGCGCAGGUAACGCGCGGCCGCGGCGCGGACGGCGCUGCAGCAGGCGCGUCGCUGUCGUCCCUGCGCGAUUCCGCCACGACCCCCACGUGGGUGGUGCCCCCUGGGUGGUCCGCGCCCACCCACGCGGACAUGCGCACCAUCCUCGCGCUCUCCUCGCUCUCCCCCUCCUCCCCCUCGCUCGGUGGCCUGCUCGCGUCGCAGGGCGUCGCCACGUCAGCCGCGCUGCUGCCCGCGAUUGACGCCGCGUGUCGCGCUGCAGCGGACUCGUUCCUCGCGUCCGGGCCCGUCCUCGCCGCCGUCGCGCUGCUCCGCGCGCCCCGCGCCGACCCCAGUCUCCUGCGCCUGCUGCCCUUCCGCCAGCGCCCGAAAACAGUGAAGGUGGGGGCGUUGGGCGCGCAGGGGGUAGGGGGGGCGGACGGGCGGGGAUUGGCGCGGGUGGCACUGGCAGCAGUGCCGCAGCUGGUGGUGGGGAGUGAGGCCAUAGGCGCAUGCGUGUGGGCGGAGGGAGGGGGGGCGGCAGGGGGCGCAGUGGAUGGGGUGGCAGUGAGGGGCGCGGAGGGGGCGGGGGAGGGCGGGGAGGAGCAGUACUCGGUGGGGGUGCUGCUCAUGUCACUGCCCCCAGGGAUGCGCAUGGCAAGCGCUGUCAUAGGCGAGGGGGAGGGACAGGGUGAAGAUCAAGGGGAGGGCAAGGGGAGUGGCGGCGGUGGGACGGAGGCGGUGGCGUCGGCUCUUGCUGUGGCAGUGGGCAGACUGACUCAGGCCAUGGAGCAGUCUCUCCCCUCCCCUCCAUCCCUCCAUCCAACAUCACCCCUCACCUCAGGACCCACUUCAGCCGUCCCCUCGCCUCUCCUCGCUGCUCGCCUUGCUGCCCUUUGGGGCUGCAUCCUCGGCAGCCGACAUUCUACCAUCCCUGGUACCAGACACGUCCCUGUACCUCAUCGCAUCAGCGCCCAGCCCCUCGCCGCGCCCGCACUGGCACGUGUCUCCGCCCCUCUCUCAGCCCGACUCCACUCCAGACGCAGCAGCAGCAGCGGCAGUGGCAGCAGCAGGGGCGUGGGGCAGGGGGUGACAGUGGUGGGGAUAGCGGAGGGCGUGGAUCUGAACGGGGCGUUUGUGGCGUCGGUGCUAGGGCAGUGGCUGUAUGGGCCCAAUGUCACGCUGCUCUCCGUGCCCCCUGCCAAGAAGCGCAGGGAGCCCAUCAGCUCAUAG